UCGUGGACCAGGAGCUCGAUCAUGUAAUUUCUCAAAGCCUCGGAAAGACUAGGGGAUGGUGCGGGUGCUGCAAAUCUGUGAUAACCUCAGCAUGCGCACUCGAUCAAGGCCACCUCCGCCCAAGCUUCAUCUAGAGACCAGAAUGCCUCCUCACUCCCCGAUCGCCUCGCACUUUCAGGGCAAACUGACAAGCCAAGUUCGAAGAGUGCUGCCAGCGUACCUCGCUCUCCUCUUCGUGUUCCUCUUCUUUGCAAACACACACUUCUUCACUGCCCCUAUUCGAGCUGCGCACAAGUAUAGGCGCGAACUCAAAUACCAGCAACCGCUGCAGCCGUCCGUAGAGACAAUCCCACGGAAAAUAUGGCAGACGUGGAAGGUCGGUCCACUGGGCUUUGAGCAACGCGACUCUGACGCAGCGAAAACUUGGCCAGCAAAGAACCCGAGGUAUAGAUACGAAGUGCUGACGGACGACAACGCAAUUGAAUACCUCGAAUGGCACUAUGGUCAACAUGGCUUCAAUAGGCCAGAUUUCAUCGAUCUCUAUCGAGAGUUGAACAUAACGAUCAUCAAGGCCGAUCUCCUCCGCUAUCUCGUCAUGUACGCCGAGGGUGGUGUAUAUGCCGACAUCGAUGUAGAAUGCCUUCGACCUAUCGACAGGUUCAUCCCUGAGCGGUACAGCGAGCAAGAGGUCGACAUGGUCAUUGGCGUGGAGAUUGAUGAGCCUGCGUUUGUCGACCACCCAAUCCUCGGGUCCAAAUGCAAGUCUUUCUGCCAGUGGACGUUCGCCUCCAAGCCACGGCUUCCGGUCAUGAUGAGGUUAAUCGAGAACAUCCAGGACUGGCUCCAUGGUUUAUCAGAAGAGAAGGGUGUGUCCAUAUCACAGCUCCAGCUCGACUUCAACGAGGUCAUUAGCGGGACCGGUCCGUCGGCGUUCACACGAGCGGUUCUCGAGCAGAUGACUGCACAAAACCAUGGGAAGCCUGUAACUUGGGAUCACUUCCACAAUCUUGCCGAGUCAAGACUAGUGAGUGGCGUACUUGUCCUCAACGUCGAAGCGUUUGCCGCCGGGCAAGGACAUUCAGACUCAGGCAAUCAUGACUCGCGAGGAGCUCUUGUGAAGCACCACUACCAUGCAUCGGGCUGGCCAACCCUCCAUCCGCGACACAACCAUGCGAUGUACGGCGAGGUAGAGAAGUGCAACUGGGCGCCGGACUGUAUCGCCGAAUGGGUAUGUCAUUCUCCGCUUCCUCGAUUCCAUUCAACCUCUGAAGGUGCGUACUGACCAACAAAUAGGACAAGAAUGUCGCUGAAUGGGAGACGCUGUCCAAGGAGGAGCAGGAUAAACGAAUUGCUAGCAAGCAGAUCCAGCCGUUACAUUAAGGCUUUUAAACGUGACGUGUCUGGAUCUGUCUCGUUGUGUCGUAAUCCUUCCCCCUGCGACAAAAGCCUGUGCGCGAUUGGGGAUACAUACCAUAGCGUUGGUUGUCACUAUUUACGAGGCGCGAUCGGAAGAAGAUAACGCACGAGAGUGCAGUCUGCGCGGCCUGUGCGGCCAGGGGAGAGGAAGGGGUUAAGGUCUCGCUGUUGGAA